GAUGAAAACCAAACUAAACAAUUCUGUCAGAAUUGUAUACGUAAAACUGUGAAUACCCUCCAAAGUUGGGUGUAGAUUAUAUAGAAUUGUACAUAGAUAAUUCAUGAUUGCUUACGUUAUAAAUAUUUGCAUUUGUCGUUUUCGUAAAAGCAGUCUCAGUUCAGUACGUACAGUAGUAAUUCUACGACGUGUCAAUCAGUGAAGUGUAAAAAUUGAUACAAAAAAUUGAAUAACUGUAAAUCCAUGACUCAUUCACAGUAAUUAGCCCCACAAUUGUUGAUACUAGUACAAAAUGCAUCCCAGACUAACUCAACACAGACACCAUCAUCCUCCACAACCCCCAGUGGAGGAUUUAAGAGCCCGCCUCAAUAGAAUGAGGGAUCAGAGAGAAAGUGAUGAAGCUGCUGGGAUACCACCACCAGAAGACUCCUACAUAUACAAUUUACCUAAGCAUCAAAAGCAUGCAGGAUAUCCAAAUGAGAAGAGAGCAUCAUCAGCACAAGGUAACAGGUCUGUGGGUCAAACUGAAUGGGAACAAGGAAAGGUUGUCAACAUCAAAAUUCAAGUCUCAGAAGGUGGUGAGAGGAUGUACCAGAUGGAUAAAGAAGAAGUGAUAAAGGUGCCUACACCUGAAGGUUGCCAACAAGGUCCCCUUUGUGGUGGCAGCUCAAUCAUUAAAAAUGAAUUUGACCCAGGGAUGAAAACAAGGGGUAGAGGAAGAUAUAGAGGUGCUCCUAGAGGUAGAGGAUACUCAAGGGGAAGAGGACGUGGAGUUUUUAGAGGAAGAGGUGAUGGAAGAAGGGGUAGAGGCAGAGGAAGAGGCAAUAAUGGAGAUUCAGCAUCAAAUUCAUCAGAGGUGACUGAGCAAGAUGGUACUGAAAGGACUGAAGGAUCAGAAGGUAGUGGAGAACAGAAAGAGGAAGAAGUUUAUGAUGAUGAGUGCAAUUCUGAGGAGUAUCAUGAGGAUGAGUAUGCUGAUGGGGAUUAUGAAGGUGGACAUGAUGACAAACCAAUUGAAACUACAAUAAUACAAAGUGGAGAAUCAAAAGAAUUACGAAAAGAGAUAGUCAGGGAGGUUUCAAAAGAAGAAACUAAAGAAAAUCAAACCACAGAAGUUACUAAGCCCCAGGAGACACAAUCCAGUACUAAAUCACAAAGUGAUAACAAACCCAUGGUAGAAAAAGUUAACAAAGAAGAAAAAGAAGAAAACACAAAGCAAGAAGCUGCUAAAGUAGUUGAAUCUACAGAGGGUAAUCUAAGUAAAUCAGAAACUGUUGAUACAGAUAACAAACACCUGCUUGGUGUAUCUAAAAGUGAGACAAAUAAUUAAAAUAUUGUAGCGACAGUUUCCGUCCACUUAGUUCAACUAUAUGUUCUGCAUAGAUUAUUAUGCAGCGAAUGACAGAUAAUUUAAUGGAAAUGGAAUAUUAUUACAAAAAACGUGCUAUAUUUGAUAGUGUUCGAGACAUGUUUGCAAAUUCUAACGAUUUAUUUAUUUAUGUAUCUUUUCAAAGUUUAUCUGUAAGCAAUGGUCACAAUAUUUUAUAUUAUCGUUUCGAUAUCUUUUAAAACAAUUUGCUUUAUGUGGCUUUAAGUAACAAUCAGGUUAAUCAAUCAAGCUUUUACAUUUUAAGAAACAAUUUGAUGUAAAUCAAUUAAUUAAGGAAUUUUACAGAUUUUAAAUAUUGGUUUUGUUUUUAAAAAGUAGCAGGAAAGUAAAACUUUUUACUAGGAUUUUAUAGUUUUAUAUACGACCAUUUAUGUGUGGAUUUUAAUUAUAUUUAUUGCUUUAUGAA